CGCCCGUGUUCGGACUUGGCGUUAACGGGGCUUUUCAUUCGUCAUUUCUUGAUUCUAAAUCAUCGACACGUUUAGCAUAUCGGGGAAUUGGGUACCAAAAUUACCGGGAAAGGGGAAUUCAAAAGGACCGGGGGCACAGUGGUAUUGAUGUGACAUGACGGAAGCAUCUUUUCAUUCUAUAUUGUUAUCCUUUUUAUAUCUGUUUAUUUGGCGAUACAAAACUCGGAGUCCUGGACGGAUGGUCUUUGGUGGGGUGGUUGAUCGUGUGUUUGGGUUUGCAUUAAUGGUCUGCUUGGUUGUUUUCUUUGAUUUGCAUCUUCUCUUCCCUGUUGAGCCUCGAACAUCCAUACGAGUGCUCCUCUCUUGGAAUAUGUCCAUGUUAGAAUAUCACUUGACCUAGCUGAUGCUGGGUACAUGUAUAUACCUAGAAGAAAUUCCAUAUGCGAAUGGAUAUAGAGAUCAAA